GGGACCACCUCCCUGCAGCGGGACUCAGGGUGUGUGAGAGAGAGUGAGGGCCAGCGGAAGGCCAGCUGCCUGUGGGGCCUGACGGCGCGUGGGAACAUUGAGGAAGCAGAACUGAAGACAGAAUCCAGUCACCUGAUUCCAGUUCAGUGCUUCCUCCGUUGUUCUACAGGGCACUCAUCGGAGGGAAGAUAUUUUUCCUCAGUUGACACUAGCGUUGCAGUGUGCUGAACCUUGUGUCCACUGAUCAUUCCAAGAGCUAGCUGUCCAAGAUUCAACAAUGUCUCACCCAUCUUGGCUGCCACCCAAAAGCUCUGCUGAGCCCCUUGGCCAUGUGUCUGCACGGAUGGAGACCACCCAUUCCUUUGGGACCCCCAGCAUCUCAGUGUCCACACAGCAACCACCAAAGAAGUUUGCCCCAGUCGUUGCUCCAAAGCCAAAGUACAACCCAUACAAGCAACCUGGCGGUGAAGGUGAUUUUCUUCCACCCCCGCCUCCACCUCUAGAUGAUUCCAGUGCGUCUCCAUCGGGCUCUGGGAACUUCCCUCCUCCACCUCCCCUUGAUGACAGUGCUUUCAGGGCACAGGGAAAUCCUGGAGGCAAGACCCUUGAGGAGAGACGCUCGAGCCUGGACGCUGAGAUCGACUCAUUGACUAGCAUCUUGGCCGACCUGGAGUGCAGCUCCCCCUACAAGCCUCGGCCUCCACAGGGCUCUACUAGCUCAACAACAGCUUCCCCUCCAGUCUCCACCCCUGUCACAGGACAUAAGAGAAUGGUCAUACCAAACCAGCCCCCUCUGACGGCCACGAAAAAGUCUACGUUGAAGCCACAGCCUGUACCCCAGGCUGGACCCAUCCCCGUGGCUCCAAUUGGAAUGCUAAAACCCCAGCCUCAGCCCGUCCCAGCCUCCUACACUACGGCAUCCACCCCUUCAAGGCCUACCUUCAAUGUGCAGGUGAAGUCAGCCCAGCCCAGCUCUCAUUACAUGGCUGCCCCUUCACCAGGACACUUUUAUGGCUCAGGGCCAGGGGCCCAGGGCUAUAACACUCAACCAGUUCCUAUCGCUGGGCAGGGUCCGCCUCCUUCCACACGGGGAGGCAUGGAUUAUGUGUAUAUUCCACCACCAGGACUUCAGCCUGAGCCUGGGUAUGGGUAUGCCCCCAACCAAGGACGCUAUUAUGAACCCUAUUGUGCAGCGGGGCCUGGCUAUGGGGGCAAAAAUGACUCUGAUCCUGCCUAUGGUCAACAAGGUCACCCAAAUACCUGGAAGCGGGAACAAGGGUAUACUCCUUUUGGCACCGGGAACCAGAACCCUGCUGGGAUGUAUCCAGUUGCUGGUCCCAAGAAGACCUAUAUCACAGAUCCUGUUUCAGCCCCCUGUGCACCACCACUGCAACCAAAGAGUGGACAAACAGGAUCCAUGGGGCCUCCGGCUGUCCCUUCCUCAUUCCGCCCUGAAGAUGAGCUCGAGCAUCUGACCAAGAAGAUGCUGUAUGACAUGGAAAAUCCACCCGCCGAUGAAUACUUUGGCCGCUGUGCUCGCUGUGGGGAAAAUGUAGUAGGGGAAGGUACAGGAUGCACUGCCAUGGAUCAGGUCUUCCACGUGGAUUGUUUUACCUGCAUCGUCUGUAACAACAAGCUCCGAGGGCAGCCCUUCUAUGCGGUGGAGAAGAAAGCCUACUGUGAGCCCUGCUACGUCAAUACCCUGGAGCAGUGCAGCGUGUGCUCCAAGCCCAUCAUGGAGCGGAUUCUCCGAGCCACUGGGAAGGCCUAUCAUCCUCACUGCUUUACCUGCGUGAUGUGCCACCGCAGCCUGGAUGGGAUCCCGUUCACCGUGGACGCUGGCGGCCUCAUCCACUGCAUCGAAGACUUCCACAAGAAGUUUGCCCCCCGCUGUUCUGUGUGCAAGGAGCCUAUCAUGCCAGCCCCCGGCCAGGAAGAGACUGUCCGGAUUGUGGCUCUGGAUCGCGAUUUCCACGUUCACUGCUACCGAUGUGAGGAUUGUGGUGGUCUCCUGUCUGAAGGAGAUAACCAAGGCUGCUACCCUUUGGAUGGACACAUCCUCUGCAAGACCUGCAACUCUGCCCGCAUCAGGGUGUUGACGGCCAAGGCUAGCACUGACCUUUAAAUCCAGUCACCUAUUUAGCGGUUAGUUGGUGGCACUGAGAAGAAUGAAACACAAGAAAAAUAUAAGAAGAGAAAUAGGAAAAGAGAGGAAAGGCAAUCAAGCUAUGGGAUGGUCUCUACUUCACCCACUAUUAACCUUUCUUUAGAAACACAUAGAGUAUGAGAUGUUUUAAAGUUCUUACCAAAUACGCAUUUCACAUUUAAUCAUGUAGGACCUUGAUGGGCCUUUGUUCCCAAGGACUUGCACAUUUUUGCACGGAUUAUGCUCCAUCCCAUUCACUUCUGCAUUCCUUUAACUUUUAAUCCCUAUGUUUGUCUCACUUUUCAUCUGGUUGAAUGGC